GUUUUCUAAACUCUCGCAGUACUCUUCACUUCGCUUCAACCCUAACUCCCCGUUGAGCCGCUGUGUGACAUCUUGAUCAGCGUAAAACGGUUUUUGUUUAAUGGUCUGAUACUCUGCCUGAUCGGAUGAGGUACGUGAAACCGUUGAGCUUGUUCCAUGAUCUGGUCAAGUCGAAUGUGGAAACACAGGGUCGUUUGCUUGGUUUGGAUGUGGGUGAAAAGUAUGUAGGGCUAGCUGUUUCAGACCCUCGUAAUAAAACUGCCUCACCUCUAAGUGUCUUGAUAAGGAAACAAUCAAAUAUUGAUUUAAUGAUCAGUGACUUUCAGAGUCUGAUCUCUGAACUCUCUCUGGUGGGGUUUGUUGUUGGCGAUACUUCCAACAAAAUACAAGGCUAUGGCAAUACUGGGCAAGUGAUGCUUUUCAUUGAUGAUCUCUGCAAAACGGGGAAACUUGAAUGCUUAAAGUACACUUAUUGGGACGAGCGUUUUUCAUCAAAGAGUGUGGACUUUCUGUUAAAUCCUCUGGAUUUGCAUCCAGUUAUGGCAAAGACAAUAGUUGACAAGUUUGCAGCCGUUGGAAUACUACAGGGGUACCUAGAUUAUUUUAACAGGCAGAUGAAGUUGGAAGCGGCAGGGUAAGAUGUUUCCAAAUGGACAUAAUUUCGUGAUCUUAUGAAUACUGCAUGCAUUCUUUACAAACUGGUAACUUAUCGACCAUCUAGUGUAGUGAAGAUGGAUACAAAACCGCCUGGAUCAUUCUAAUCUUCUUUCACCCUUCGAAUUCUUCUCAAAUUUUGCUAUUCAAUUAUACCAUUUCAUGUGCA